UUGCUUUCUCCCGGAGUUCCACUGUCCCUCGUUUGCUAUUAAACCCAUGAGAAACGAAACACGUCCAAGGUAAGGGACUCAGUGCACACCUUUUGGUGCCCGAUGAAAUCUGAGGUCAUCAGCUUAUCAAAGUCGUGCAGGCACCAACCUCUUCGCCAGCCAGUAUUUCCACGCCGAGGCAACCCUUGCCAUCUGCGGUCAGCAUCUUAUCUCGGGUGUUACCUGGUGUCGGGUUCCAAUGGGGAAUCAGACACCAAGGCGGGCAGCCCGGGGACCCCUGGUGCCAGGCGCCUGGCCAGACUCUCGGAGGCCACGCGUCUGCGCCCCGGGGAGCGUUCGGGGCUCAAGGCUCAGAGCUCACUCCCCCACCCCCGCUCUCCCGGGCCGGCGCCGAGCUUUGUUGUCGUAGAGGCUCCCGCUGGGGAGGAGGAGCCCGCGGAGUCCCAGCCCGUUGCGCGCGCCCAGACACCCGUGCCCGCAGUCCCGCGGAGCAGGGCCGCGCAGGCGCGCACGAGCACACACGCGCACUCACACACGCACACAGGCGGCACACUCGGCCCCCGCCCCAGCCCUCCCCCUGGGCGGGGACCCGCCCGCUCGCCGUCAGCCUAGGUUGAGGCUCCCUGCGUGUCUAUAACUUUGUGCUUCUGCCGCGGCCGCCCUGCUCGUGGAAGGGAGGCGGAGGAAUGUGGAAGGCGGCGGCGCGCAGGCUGACAGGCGGUUCCUCGGGCGGGCUGCAGCGGCCGGAGCGCCUCUCCUUCGCCAGGGUCGCGCGCCCUCUCCUCGCCGCGCCCGGGGCCCGCGCGGGAUCGUGCGUCCUCCCGCCUCGUCCCUGAAGGGAAGGAGCCGAGGCGGCGGCAGCCACAGCAGCGGCGCCCGGGAGCCCGAGCCUUCGCGGCGCCCCGUCCCUCCCCCGCUGCACCCCGCCCGGGCGCGAGAGGAGAGCGCGAGAGCCCCAGCCGCGGGCGGGCGGGCGGCGAAGAUGGCAGAGGUAUCGGCCUCCCCGGUCCCGGUCUCUCCGCUCGAAGUGGAGGUGGACCCCGAGUUCGAGCCCCAGAGCCGUCCGCGCUCUUGUACGUGGCCCCUGCAGAGGCCGGAGCUCCAGGCCAGCCCGGCCAAGCCCUCAGGGGAGACAGCCGCGGACUCCAUGAUCCCCGAGGAGGAGGACGAUGAAGACGACGAGGACGGCGGCGGCCGGGCCAGCUCGGCCAUGGCGAUCGGGGGCGGCGGGAGCUGCGCUCUGGGCUCUGGGCUGCUCCUGGAGGACUCGGCCCGGCUGCUGGCUCCCGGAGGGCAGGACCUCGGGCCUGGGCCGGCAGCCGCGGUGGGAGUGCUGAGCGGGGGAACACAGACGCCGCUGCAGCCUCAGCAGCCCCUGCCGCCGGCGCAGCCGGGGGCAGCUGGGAGCUCUGGGCAGCCGAGGAAAUGUUCUUCGCGACGGAACGCCUGGGGAAACCUGUCCUACGCCGACCUGAUCACCCGCGCCAUUGAGAGCUCUCCGGACAAACGGCUCACUCUGUCCCAGAUCUAUGAGUGGAUGGUGCGCUGCGUGCCCUACUUCAAAGAUAAGGGGGACAGCAACAGCUCUGCGGGCUGGAAGAACUCUAUCCGGCAUAACCUGUCACUGCACAGUCGAUUCAUGAGGGUCCAGAACGAGGGGACUGGCAAGAGCUCGUGGUGGAUCAUCAAUCCUGAUGGGGGCAAGAGCGGCAAGGCCCCCCGACGGCGGGCCGUCUCCAUGGACAACAGCAACAAGUACACCAAGAGCCGCGGUCGAGCAGCCAAGAAGAAGGCAGCUUUGCAGACUGCCCCAGAGUCUGCGGACGACAGUCCUUCCCAGCUCUCCAAGUGGCCUGGCAGCCCCACCUCCCGCAGCAGCGACGAGCUAGAUGCAUGGACAGACUUCCGUUCACGUACCAAUUCCAAUGCCAGCACAGUGAGCGGCCGCCUGUCACCUAUCCUGGCAAGCACAGAGCUGGAUGACGUCCAAGACGACGACGCACCACUCUCCCCCAUGUUGUACAGCAGCUCAGCCAGCUUGUCACCCUCUGUAAGCAAGCCAUGCACCGUGGAGCUGCCGCGGCUGACUGACAUGGCAGGCACCAUGAAUCUGAAUGAUGGGCUGGCUGACAACCUCAUGGAUGACCUGUUGGAUAAUAUCACGCUGCAGUCGUCCCAGCCCUCACCCACUGGGGGGCUCAUGCAGCGCAGCUCUAGCUUCCCAUACACCACAAAAGGGACUGGCCUAGGCUCUCCAACCAGCUCCUUUAACAGCACAGUGUUUGGACCCUCGUCCCUGAACUCCUUGCGCCAGUCUCCCAUGCAGACCAUCCAAGAGAACAAGCCAGCCACCUUCUCUUCCAUGUCACACUAUGGCAACCAGACACUCCAAGACCUGCUCACUUCUGACUCGCUCAGCCACAGCGAUGUCAUGAUGACCCAGUCAGACCCCUUGAUGUCCCAGGCCAGCACCGCUGUGUCUGCCCAGAACUCCCGCCGGAAUGUGAUGCUUCGCAAUGACCCAAUGAUGUCCUUUGCUGCCCAGCCUAACCAGGGGAGUUUGGUCAAUCAGAACUUGCUCCACCACCAGCACCAAACCCAGGGCGCUCUAGGUGGCAGCCGUGCCUUGUCGAAUUCUGUCAGCAACAUGGGCUUGAGUGACUCCAGCAGCCUCGGGUCAGCCAAACACCAGCAGCAGUCUCCUGUCAGCCAGUCUAUGCAAACCCUCUCGGACUCUCUCUCAGGCUCUUCCUUGUACUCAGCUAGUGCAAACCUUCCCGUCAUGGGCCAUGAGAAGUUCCCCAGCGACUUGGACCUGGACAUGUUCAAUGGGAGCUUGGAAUGUGACAUGGAGUCCAUCAUCCGAAGUGAACUCAUGGAUGCGGAUGGGUUGGAUUUUAACUUUGACUCCCUCAUCUCCACACAGAACGUAGUUGGUUUGAACGUGGGGAACUUCACAGGUGCUAAGCAGGCCUCAUCUCAGAGCUGGGUACCAGGCUGAAGGAUCACUGAGGAAAGGGGAAGUGGGCAAAGCAGACCCUCAAACUGACACAAGACCUACAGAGAAAACCCUUUGCCAAAUCUGCUCUCAGCAAGUGGACAGUGAUACCGUUUACAGCUUAACACCUUGUGAAUCCCGCGCCAUUUUCCUAACCCAGCGGAGACUGUUAAUGGCCCCUUGCCCUGGGUGAAGCGCUUGCCCUUGGAACAGAACUUUAUAAAGUAUGCAAAAUCUUCCUUGUCUGGGGUGGUGAGCUGCCUGCCACGGAGGACAGCACCCCGACAGCACCACCCUCUCAUUCAGAGCACACGGGCGCCCCCAUUGCCGAUUCUGUGGUAUUUUAAUAUCUCGAUGGUUUGUAGGAUGUUUCAGAUGUUGUUUUUGUGUUCGUUUUCUUUCACCUUCUGAGUUUUUCACAUGCAUUAACUUGCAGUAUUUUUCUGUUAAAAUGUUAACCGUCCUCCUCCUGGCAAAUUUAAAAGCAAGGAAAAUGUUGUACCAGUUACCGUUCUGGCUGUGGGCACCACAAGCUUUUGAGCCCACAGGACUCCAUAACUAACAUUACAUAAACUGUGGGGGGAUUUUCUUUCUUUUGUUUAGUAGAAAAUUAUCCUUUUCUAAAAACUGAAUAAGGGCACAACUGUUUGCAGUGCACACCCGUCCAGGACCGAACCACACAUAGGUGAGACGAAAGAAGCGCAGCAUCCGGCCCAGUCAGCGUGUUUCCGGUCCUGAGUCCAGGCGGUCCGAGGAUGAGCCCCGCAGUGCCUGUACUGCAGUGGCUGGGUCAGCAGAGCUGUGGUCUUCUGCAGUGGCCUCAGCUAAGGUGGUGGACAGCGUUGGCCUGUUGGGUAGAAACUAGGAUCUUUUCAGAAAAGAAAUCAGCUCAGCUAUCCACUCAAUUGCCAAAUGCCACUGAAGGAUUUAUUUUUAAGGAGAAAAGAAAAGGAAAAAAAAGUGUCCUGUUUUGCUUUACAGAAGAGCUUAGAAGUGAGUGUUAAGCUUGCAGUGAGACAUGUGAAAAGGACAAACCCAGGCGAUGCUGAGGCAGGGCUAACUUUACUGUUUUUGAAAAACACAUCAUUGUUUUCAGCCUGGCUGUGUAUCAUCUGAUCUUCUAGAAGUACAUGAGUGAAAGGCAACAGCAUACAAAUGGAUUUUUUUUGUAUAAGCCUAGGUUAUAAUUGUACAAGUGACACAGUGGAAGUACAAGAUAAGGCAAUUUUAACCUUUUAUUCCCUCCCCUUUUUUUUAACUUUCUGCUUCUGUGGAUUUCAUUUUGUUUUGUUUUCAAAAAGUUAUGGUGCUGUGUAGGUGCUUUCUGUUGAACUUGGGAAGUGUGAUUAUAUUUGUUACCCUCUUUGGUAGACAGAAUAGUGGGGAACACUUUUGGUACAUACAAAACUGGUAUAAUGCCGCUCUAAUUAGCACAGCAUAUAACUGUCUCCAAAAUGAUAUAUGAAGACCCUUUCCUUUGCAUAAAAAGCAUUAGGCAUAUAAAUGUAUAUUUUGUCAUGUACAGUACUCAAAUGGAACCGUGUGCAUGGGUAUGAGGAACGCAGUGUAGUGUUUCGGCACAGACUUCCCUGCUUGAUCCUGCUGAUGCUUGCACUGUGGCAGUGGACACCAACACAGACGUGCCACCCUAUCCCCUGUACCCCCACCGGCUGCCAGGGGCCCCCUUGUGCGCCUUUGCUGUAUAGCUCCUUUGGGGGUGAUAUUGGUGGUGAUCACAGCUCCUAGCAUAAUGAGAGUUCCAUUUAGUAUUGUCAGACAUCUCUCCUGCCUCGCUUGGAUCUUCACAUUUGAGCGAUGGCCCUGUUGAUUUCACCCUGCCUUUUACUAAAUCUGUAAAUGGUUGUGCAAUUGUGGUUAUUGUAGACCUAUAGCAUAUCACCCUUUUCUAAACUGCUACACGUUUAUAAUCUUCAUUUUAAAAGUAUCUAUGAUUUUUUUAAAAUAUGUAUUCACGUGGUCUGCUUGACGGUGAGCCAGACUUCCUUACUUUAUUCCUUUGUAAUAAUGCUAGCCACUUCCUUGAUUCUUCAGUAGUCUGGUAUAUUCAAGGACUGCCCGCAGUGAGCAAGAGGGCUACCUCUCUGGCUUCCUGAGUGAUGCUGCCUGGGUGGAGAUGCAGCCCAGAGAUAGUGACAGCAGCUUGGGGACCAGGAAGCAGGGGGUGGAAAGAUGUCAGAGACAGGGAGAAUCCCAAGUGCUUCCAAUGUACAGGCCCUGAGAGUUCUCUCCUGAGUUCAGAGAAAUAAGCAAACUCAUUCACAAACUAGCUACUUCUCUAUGCAGUUUUACAGACUGGCCAGAGCUGCUCUGGGAGCAAGAAGGACAGCCUUCCAAUGUGUUCCAGCUUUAAAAUGUUGACUUCCUUUCAGAAAUGUGACAUUUCCUGUAUUUUCCUCUUUUCCAGUGUUUGUUGGGUUUCAGGCGCAAUGUCUUACAAAAUGUCCUAGAAUCAUGUUAUAAUGUAAUCUCAAAUAGCUGAAAGAGAGAGAGGUAUGAGGACAGGAUAACCACAGAACAGACUGAGAAAAUGAAAGGGGGAUGCUCUGAUUUUUUUUUUUCUUUUUUGAAUAAUUCAAACAGCAUCUACUUAUUCUGGAGGUCUGAGCCCAGGGCCACACCAAGCACAGCAUCGCAGAGAGACCCGCCAGGCCUAGGAGAAGGCUGGGCAAAUAGCAGGGCCUAUCUGGAAUCCCCAUAGCCCCACCCUCAGCUGCCUACCACUGGAGAGACUCGCCUCCCUUAGACAAGCCAGGUUCAAAGGCCUCAGACUGGGCAGAAGUGCAGCCUGAGGCCUCUGUUCCUUAUAUGCCACCCUGUUUUCUGGAUAGGUCAUCUGGUGGCCACUAGAUUGCCCCCUGAAAGUCUUGUGUCCCUAAUAAUGUUCUGAUUGGAGCAUCUCAGUGGAUUACUUAGCAGCCUCGGGCCAUGGACGGUAAUGUUUGUGUCCUGAUGAGAACCUUGGGAGCUGCCCUCACCUCUUAGCAAACUGCCCCAGGGAGCUGCCUGCUUUGCCGUGGAGGUUAGGAAGCAGAGACCUAGUGCGGAAAAUGUGACUUGCACUCUGAGGCACCGUGAUUCUCUUCAGGGUUCAGAGCCUGAUAUCUGUACCAAAGCUAGAAAAGCCUUCCCAGUGCUGGUGCGAGGACUGGCCCCCAGGUUCAGUGUGCUCCAUUAACUGUGAACGCAUCUGGUUUCUUUCAUUGCAUCCUCUGCAACACAAUGAAUGCUGCAGUACAUUUUAAAACUUUUUUCCAAAAGUCUGACUCCUCACGAGAGGAUCACGCUCACACAUGUAAGGUGUGCUUUGUUUUUGGCGUUUUUAGCAUCCUGUGUGUUACUUCCUCACCCUGAGAGAGGACAUCAUGGCUCGCUACUCAGGACAGGUGUGCCCCAUCUCAGGGUGUGACUUCAGGUGGCUUCCAAGCUUGUACAAAGUUUCAGGAUUAUAGGCACAGACUUUGCCUCUAUGUCAUGAAUAUGUAAUCCACUUAAAGAAUAAGGGACCUUUGAAUGACUUGGAAAAGUCCAUCAAGAGUAAAUUAAUUUUAGAAAAAAAAAGCAAGUACUCUGAUCUGCUUACUGGUGCCAAGGGCUGAUCGGGGUGGGGGGAAAUAUAAGUGUUACCUUUUCUCCCCCAAAGCAAAAAGAAAACCCUUGACAGCUCUGAACUCUGAUUUUUCUUUUUCUUGAUGUAUUUGGAUAACAGCAUAUAAUUCAGCAUAAUAUUUUCUUAAUUAAGAGAAGCAAAACUUUUUGUAGAAAUGCAAUCACUACUAAAGAGGUACAAAAAAACCCAGCCCCACCUGGAGCCUGGUGGAGGUAGGGCAUGAGAGGAGAUAAGUUCUUGUAGAAUCGUGCCUGUCAAACAAGAUCUCAAAGUCGAAGCCCAAGCAGCUAAAGACAGUGUCAUAUCUGAUCUUUAUCUUAAGUAGGUAACAUUUUAUGCAGGUUGAAUGGGUAUUUUCCUCUUGUUUAUUUUUAUUUGUAUGUAUUUUCCUUUGAAGAAUGAUCAUGAGGCCUCUACAACACUCCAGAAAUACUUGUGCAACUGCUUUGAAAAAACUGUGUCUCGGCACUUAUUUCUCUAGAAUUAUCUCAUUGCCUGGCAAUCAGUCUUCUCUUGUAUACUUGUCCUAGCACAUUAUAUACAUGGGAAAUGUAAACAGAUGUGAAAGAGGACCAGAAAAAUUAGUGAGUACUAAAAAAAUUGUAUUGUGCAUUUUGGCUUCACAUGUUUAACUUUUUUUUUAAGAAAAAAAGUUGCAUGAAUGGAAAAAAAAAUCUGUAUACAGUAUCUGUAAAACUGUAUUAUCUGUUUCAGUUUCUUGCUCACAACCCAUACAAACUAGAAUUAAAUAUGGUGCAUGGCCAUAUUCAAACACCUAAGAAUCCAACAGUUCACCCUUUGGUUUGAAGCACCUCAUUCUUUCUUUGAAGCGAACACUAUCAUACUGCAUUCUUACCUUGGAUUUUGUCUAAUCAUAUGUUGACAUUAAUUAACUCUGCCGCCUUUCUUCUUAAGGAUCAAAACCAGUUUGGGAAUCUUCCCCUUUCCAAAUGCAAUGAAGAUGCAGUACUUACUUUCCUCAAUGUUUGUAGAUAUUGCCUUGUGUAUUCCAUUUAAAACCGUAAUCUAGUUUGUAAAAGAGAUGGUGACGCAUGUAAAUAAAGCAUCAAUGACACGCUUGUCUUA